CGUGUGUAUUUGGGAGAGGGACAGGGUAGACUGGAUGGUGACGUAGCGACGCUCGCAGGGCGGUGUUCUCACGUUUUGAAAAAGUUGACUGUGGUGCGGCUGCAUCUGGAAUACAGGACCCACGAUUUGAGAAUCUAUAGUAGGAACUCUGAAACGCGCAGCUACGCUUUCUCCUUGCUUGCUCUCUAUCGUUGUGGUGGAAUUUUUUUUCUCUACACCUUUCUAGGCUAUCUAUAGGUUCCAAAAUGUCGAUCGCUCUAGCCGCAAUUUCGAUUUUGCACCUGCUGGAUUUGGUCAUACUGAUAACUUCAACAGCCGCCAAUGCUUGGAUAGUGGAUGGGGACCUGAGUGCAGACCUGUGGUACAAAUGCACCUCAAAGAACGGAGGAUACCACUGCAAACAAUCAAUUAAUGAAGACUGGCUGCAGGCAGUGCAGGCCCUCAUGGUCCUGGCCGUGCUCUUCUGUCUACUGUCAUUCGUCUUCUUCCUCUGUCAACUCUUCACCCUGGUCAAGGGAGGACGCUUCUACUUCACCGCCGUCUUCCAGAUCCUCGCCAGUUUGUUUGUGAUGAGUGGAGCGAUCAUCUUCACAGUAAUGAACUACGCUGCAGCCUCGAGCUCCUACGGGUACGCCUACGUGCUGGCCUGGUUGGCCUUCCCCCUGACACUGGGCAGUGGGCUCAUCUACAUCAUUCUGAGGAAGACAGAAUGAGCAGCCCCAGACAGGGGAGGAGUGGAGCAGGGAGGGGGACACCCACUCUCCCAACAGUCUCACUCAGUCAGUAGGACAGCCUGGUACCAGCAGCACCAUAGAGCGCCCCCUUGUGGUGGCCGUCUGUGGACAUACGCACUAAAUGUGUUUUCUAAGAAGGAAAAAAACAAAACAAAGAGAGAAAAAAAAAACAUGUCGGUCAUCAGUUAAUGUCUCAUUGUGAAGGUGUGUAUGAUGUCUGUGGUUUGUCUAUUUAUAACAUGUUUUACAGUACAUACUUUGUGUAUAUAAUAGUGUCAGUGUUUGUGUUAGAGGUGGUUGAAGCUCCCCGGCCUUUGGAUUGGUUUUCAGUGCAGGAAUAUCUAUGCAGAAAGGGGGAGAGAUGGCUCUACUGUGUUGCUUUCAUCCCACCAUCCCACCUUAACUACUUAACUAGACUUACAAUCAAAAGAGCAAAUUCAGUUAAUGUCCAGCGGUUGUUGUUUUUUGUCUUGUUUUUAAGUGCUUUUAAUUACCUUUGAAAUAUGUAUGUGUGUGAUGAAUCAAAGAAAAUUUGUAUCAUAUUAUAUUUUUAAUCAAUGUUUCCAAAUAAAAAUAGUGCUAUGUAUUUGCCAUUCUUGAAAACCAUAGGCAUGUAGGCUUAAGUCAUGAAGUAAUUUGAACAUUACAAUUAUACGUUGUGUAUCUGUGUCCAAAUAUUCUUGCCUUCUGUAGUCUUUUUUGUAAUAAAAUGGCAAAGAGUA